AUGGAGAAACCCAAGGAAUCCCGUCCCGUGGAGAAACCGUGGAAGUGUGGCGACUGUGGGAAAGGCUUCCGUUUCCCAUCUGAACUGGAGACUCAUGGGUGCAGUCACACCGGAGAGAGGCUGUUCUCCUGCUCUGAGUGCAAAAAGGGCUUCAGCAAUUCCUCCCGUCUGCUAAGCCAUCAGCCGGUCCACAUUAGGGAGAGACCCUUCAGCUGCCCUGAGUGCGGGAAGACCUUCAGCAAUUCCUCUGUACUGCAGAGGUAUCAGCGGGUCCACACAGACGAUAGGCCUCUCCCCUGCCCCGAGUGCGGAAAGGGCUUCAGCAAUUCCUCCUGCCUGCAGAGGCACCAGCGGGUCCAGACAGGCGACAGGCCAUUCGCCCGCCCCGAAUGCGGGAAGGCCUUCAGCUAUUCCUCCGUCCUGCUGACCCACCGCCGGGACCACAUAUAA